UGGCGGAGCCGGCGGGCGGCCAUGGCGGCGGGCGGGCAGCGGGGCGGGCCCGCGGGACUCGCCGCCUCCCGGCGCCGCGGCGCGGGCUGAGGGGAGCGGGCCGCCCGCCGCCGCCCUCCCGCUCCCUCCUUCUCCGCCGGAGGAAGGUGCAGAGCAUGGAGAAUGAUGAACUUCCGCCAGAGGAUGGGCUGGAUUGGCGUGGGGCUGUACUUGUUAGCAAGUGCUGCUGCUUUUUAUUACGUCUUUGAAAUCAACGAGACUUACAACAAACUAGCACUGGAGCACAUUCAGCAACACCCCAAGGAACCGCAGGAAGGAACCACAUGGACACACUCCUUAAAAGUACGGCUGCUAUCCCUGCCGUUUUGGCUGUGGACGAUAAUAUUUUUAAUACCGUACUUACAGAUGUUCUUGUUCCUCUAUUCCUGUACAAGAGCUGACCCCAAAACUGUUGGGUAUUGCAUCAUUCCUAUCUGCUUGGCUGUUAUUUGCAAUCGUCACCAAACAUUUGUGAAGGCCUCUAAUCAGAUCAGUAGAUUACAACUAAUUGACACUUAGCUCAACUGCUAGUUUCUGUUGCUGAUUUGAAGCAAUUGCAUAUGCUUGAUCUAAUCACAAGACUGAAGCUCUGAGUGAAGGCCGGAAAGAGCCUUUUCUUUAAACUGAUAAGCAAUGAAGAGAAUGACUGUUUUCUAUUUAAAACAAGUAACUGCAAAGGUUUUUAAUUAUGGAUCUAUGGAGUGGCCAGAGUGGGACAGACCUGUGAUGGAAGUAUUCCUCGUUUUGCCUUAAUGAUGCAAAAUUGCAGCUCUCCAUCUGAAAUGUCCUGUGGGGAAACAAGUUUCUGGUCCACAACUUUACUCCUCUGUGCAAAAAAGUGAUUUCCUAUGUUUUCUCUUGGAGUGAAAUCAAUGAAAAGAUACUUCUUUUGUGGUAAAUGUAAAAGGAAAAAAGAAAUUAAGAACAUGAUUAUAAAAGCUGCACUUAACACAA